UACAUCGAUUAGGGCUUAUCCCCCACCAACUAUCGAUUCCAAGGAAUCAUUAACAGAGUGUGCUUUAACUGUUAAUGCAAAUCAGCUGACAGCUGUCAAAAAGCGCAAGGUUCGCACAUCAAAUUGGGUUAACAGAGCACAAUUCAACUGGCGAAAAAGCGAUUUAUUUGCAAUGUCACGUGGAAAAUAUGUUAAGCAAAAGGGCCGCAAACGUCACUUUACAAUGCCCGAGGAGCUGGCGCAGAAGGCCAUGAAGGAGAGCGAUCUUACGGUGAAUGGACGAAAGGCGGGCAGAGACACCGAUUAUGAGGACAACCAGCAGCAACAACAACAGCGCGGCUCGGAUGUGGAGUCAACGGAUGAUUCGGAGGCGGAGCUGGAGGAACGAGAUGCCAAGAAGGGCGUCGCCUCACUUAUCGCCAUCAAGAAUCCCAAUCGUGUGUACAAGAAAAUCACAGAAAACCUAGCGCAAAUCAAAAUUGAUGAUGAUGUUGCCACAAGUGGCGGCGAUGACGAUGCUGUUGCUGGUGCUGAAGGUGGUGGCUACUUUAAAGCCAAUGCCCGCAAGCCGGAAAUGUGUCGCAAACGCGUAAAUUUUGAGUUGCUGAAGCAGAAGAAGAAGAAGUCGGUUGAGCGCUACGAGAAACUCCAACCGGCGGAGAAUACAAUCAAGGAAAAGUCGGAUCUUGCUCGUCUCGCGCUCAUCCGGCAGCAGCGGGAGGAGGCGGCUGCCAAGCGCGAGGCGGUGAAGAGAGCUGCCGCCGAGAAGGUGCCAAAGAAGCUUUUUAUUCGCGAUGCUAAGAAAGCAACAGAAACAAGCCUUAAAAAAAAAUGUAAUAAUUUAUUCGUAGAUAGUUAAAACAGUAGAAAACUCUACACAAAAUAUCUAUUUAUAUAUAUACACUCAAGGACAAUAAAAU